AUGUCGCUGUGGCUGGAACACUUUCUAACUGGCUACUUUCAGCUAUGCGGACUGGUCUGUGGCUGGAGUGGCAGUCGUUUGGGCCGCCUGUUGAGCAGUACCUUUCUGGUACUAAUAUUGAUCGAACUGGUCGGUGAAAUAGAAACCUACUUUACGGAAGAAAAUCCAGAUAAUGAGUCCGUGCCCGCAUAUUUUGCAAAGGUCAUCAUGGGCGUUAAUAUGGCCUACAAAAUGAUCCAUGCAUGGAUUGCGCUUUCGGCUCUAUUCGAAUGCCGGCGCUUUCGUUAUCUGCUAGAGGAACUGCCUCCGGUCAAGGCGACAUCCUUUAUAUAUAGGCAUUUGAUCCUGGAAAUCAUACUAUUUGCGUGCAAUGCAUUCCUCGUCUUAUCCGAGUACACAAUUCGUGGCAUUUAUUUGGAGAAUCUACGGUAUGCCUAUAGCCUUCAGGCAGUUCGUGCACGUUAUCUGCAAAUGAUGGUGCUGGUGGAUCGUUUGGAUGGCAAGCUGGAACAGCUGCAUCAUAGAGUCAUAUCCGGGUCCUCGGAUUACAAAACUCUCAGACUGGACUAUGCCCAUCUGGCGAAAGUGACGCGUUCGUUGUCGCAUCUAUUCGGUCUCUCGUUGCUCCUGCUGAAUGUCCUCUGUCUGGGCGACUGGAUCAUCGUUUGCAAUGUGUACUUCAUGGUUGCAUAUCUGCAGGUAUUACCCGCCACCUUGUUCCUCUUUGGCCAGGUCAUGUUCGUCGUGUGCCCCACCCUCAUCAAAAUCUGGAGCAUCUGCGCCGCCUCUCAUCGAUGUGUGUCCAAGUCCAAACACCUGCAACAGCAACUUAAGGAUCUACCAGGACAAACGCCCGUGGAAAGAAGUCAAAUCGAGGGAUUUGCCCUGCAGAUCAUGCAGGAUCCCAUACAGAUCGAUGUCUGCGGAAUUUAUCAUCUCAAUUUGCAGACUCUAGCGGGGAUGUUCUUCUUCAUUCUGGAGGCCCUGGUUAUAUUCCUGCAGUUCGUGUCCCUUGUACGAACGUAG